UCGCUCUCUCUCCCCGGCAUCUCACCGCUGCGUCAGUGCAGGGGCACUUGGUCCUGUCUGUUCUCCUGGGUUCUGUGUGUGUCCUGCCCGAAUCAGAGGAGUGCCAAUAUUACCCAGAGGCAAGAGGUGAUCCGGGCAGCAUGUGUUAGGCUGAAGCUACCAUCAGUGUCUGUUCCUGAUAAACAGAGCUCUCUCCCUGACCAAGAUUUGGCACAUGGUUUUGGACUUGACCUGAGAAUGAGGAGCUGGUGGAGAGAAGGUGGGCCAGGCACCGUCAGAUGUGUUGAGGGUCAAGAUGGGGGCAUGGAGAAGACAGCAGGAAUUGAUGCGCGUGCACGUGGUGGGUCAUUAUGCUGCUGCACCUCUGUAGUGUGAAGAAUCUGUACCAGAACAGGUUUUUAGGCCUGGCCGCCAUGGCAUCCCCAUCUAGAAACUCCCAGAAUCGCCGCCGGUGCAAGGAGCCACUCCGUCACAGCUACAACCCUGGCCAGUUCCACAGCAUGGCCAUCAGGACCGGCCCCCACGGCACCGUCACCAUACCCCGCUCCACCAGCGACACCGACCUGGUCACCUCAGACAGCCGCUCCACACUUAUGGUUAGCAGCUCCUACUACUCCAUAGGACACUCUCAGGACCUGGUGAUCCACUGGGACAUCAAGGAGGAAGUGGAUGCUGGAGACUGGAUUGGCAUGUAUCUCAUUGAUGAGGUCUUGUCAGAAAACUUUUUGGACUAUAAGAACCGUGGAGUGAAUGGUUCUCAUCGGGGCCAGAUCAUCUGGAAGAUCGAUGCCAGCUCUUACUUUGUGGAACCCGAAACUAAGAUCUGCUUCAAAUACUACCAUGGCGUGAGUGGAGCCCUGCGAGCCACCACCCCCAGUGUCACGGUCAAAAACUCUGCAGCUCCUAUUUUUAAAAGCAUUGGCUCUGAUGAGACUGUCCAAGGGCAAGGAAGUCGGAGGCUGAUCAGCUUUUCUCUCUCAGAUUUCCAGGCCAUGGGGCUGAAGAAAGGGAUGUUUUUCAACCCAGACCCUUACCUGAAGAUUUCCAUUCAGCCUGGAAAGCAUAGCAUCUUCCCUGCCCUCCCACACCAUGGACAGGAGAGGAGAUCCAAGAUCAUAGGCAACACGGUGAACCCCAUCUGGCAGGCCGAGCAAUUCAGCUUUGUGUCCUUGCCCACUGAUGUACUGGAAAUUGAGGUGAAAGACAAGUUUGCUAAGAGCCGCCCCAUCAUCAAGCGCUUCUUGGGAAAGCUGUCGAUGCCCGUUCAAAGACUCCUGGAGAGACACGCCAUAGGGGAUAGGGUGGUCAGCUAUACACUUGGCCGCAGGCUUCCAACAGAUCAUGUGAGUGGACAGCUGCAGUUCCGAUUUGAGAUCACUUCUUCCAUCCACCCAGAUGAUGAGGAGAUGUCCCUCAGCGCCGAGCCCGAGUCCGCGGACAUUCAGGACAGCCCCAUGAACAGCCUGUUGGCCAGCAGCCGUGGGGAGCCUCCCGGCGAGGCACCGGAGCUCCCCAGGGGCUCCAAGCCCGAGCCGCCGAGCCAGGGCAGCGCCGGGGACGCUGCCGGGAACGGGAGCCUGGAGCUGGCCGAGCCGGUUGAGGAAGCGGCAGGUACCAACGAGGCAGGAGACGACGGCGCGGGCUCUGUGGGACCUGACGGGGCUGGGGAGCUUCUGGGCCCGGGGCGUGAGGACUCCGAGCCCGCCCUGAGUGCGGAAGAACUGGCGGAGCGGCUGGAGCUGGGUGGGGAGGUGCCCCUACCGGGGCUGCUGGAGGACAGCGAAGGCCCGGGCGGCACCGGGGAGCCCGAGGCAGAGGAAGAGGCCACAGAGAGCCGGGCGGGGGGAGAGGAGGAGAAGGAGCAGGCGGAGGAGGAGGAGGGCGACGUGUCCGCCCUGGGGCAGGGGGAGGACAGGCUGCAGCUGCGGGCCUCGGUGAAGAGGAAAAGCAGGCCGUGCUCCUUGCCGGUGUCCGAGCUGGAGACGGUGAUCGCGUCCGCCUGCGGAGACCCCGAGACCCCGCGGACACACUACAUCCGCAUCCACACCCUGCUGCACAGCAUGCCCUCCGCCCAGGGCGGCGGCGCCGCGAGCGACGACGGCGCCGAGGAGGAGGCCACCCUCCAGGACGCCUCGGAGAAGGACGGGCUCAGCGAGGUGGACACGCUAGCUGCCGCGCCGCCUCCCCUCGAAGAGGAUGGGGAGGAACUCGAGGGGGCUACUCCAGGCACGGCGACCCCCGGCCACUCCGGCCUGACCAACGGCCUGGGCCCGGACGGCGACACGCUCCCCAGCACAGGGAGUGAGAGCGACUCGAGUCCCCGGCAGGGUGGGGACCACAGCUGCGAGGGCUGUGACACGUCCUGCUGCAGCCCCUCCUGCUACAGCUCCUCGUGCUACAGCACGUCCUGCUACAGCAGCUCCUGCUACAGCGCCUCCUGCUAUAGCCCCUCCUGUUACAACGGCAGCAGGUUCGCCAGCCACACCCGCUUCUCCUCCGUGGACAGCGCCAAGAUCUCUGAGAGCACCGUCUUCUCAUCGCAAGACGAUGAGGAGGAAGAGAACAGUGCGUUCGAAUCUGUGCCCGACUCGGUACAGAGCCCGGAGCUGGACCCGGAGUCGGCAAAUGGCGCCGGGCCGUGGCACGACGAGCUGGCCGCCCCCGCCGCCAGCGUGGCAAGAACCGUGGAAGGUCUGGAAUCCCCCGUGGCAGGGCCAAGCAAUCGGAGAGAAGGUGAAUGUCCUAUACUCCAUAAUUCCCAGCCAGUAAGCCAGCUUCCUUCCUUGAGGCCUGAACAUCAUCACUACCCAACAAUCGAUGAGCCUCUUCCACCAAACUGGGAAGCUCGCAUUGACAGCCACGGGCGGGUCUUUUAUGUGGACCACGUGAACCGCACGACCACCUGGCAGCGGCCGACAGCAGCAGCCACCCCCGACGGGAUGCGGAGAUCGGGGUCCAUCCAGCAGAUGGAGCAACUCAACAGGCGGUAUCAAAAUAUUCAGCGAACCAUUGCAACAGAGAGACCAGAAGAAGAUUCUGGAGGCCAAAGUUGUGAGCAGGUCCCAACAGGAGGCAGUGGAGGCGGUGGGAGCGACUCAGAGGCUGACUCUUCUCAAUCAAGCUUAGAUCUGAGGAGAGAAGGGUCACUUUCUCCAGUGAACUCACAAAAAAUCACCUUGUUGCUGCAGUCCCCAGCAGUGAAGUUCAUUACCAAUCCCGAGUUUUUCACUGUACUACACGCCAAUUAUGGUGCCUACCGAGUCUUCACCAGUAGCACCUGCUUAAAGCACAUGAUUCUGAAAGUCCGGCGGGACGCUCGCAAUUUCGAACGCUACCAGCACAACCGUGACUUGGUGAAUUUCAUCAACAUGUUUGCAGACACGCGGCUGGAAUUGCCCCGGGGCUGGGAGAUCAAAACGGACCAGCAGGGAAAGUCUUUUUUCGUGGACCACAAUAGUCGAGCCACCACUUUCAUUGACCCCCGAAUCCCUCUUCAGAACGGUCGUCUUCCCAAUCACCUGACACAUCGACAGCACCUCCAGAGGCUCCGGAGUUACAGCGCUGGAGAGGCUUCAGAAGUCUCUCGAAACAGAGGAGCCUCUUUACUGGCCAGGCCAGGACACAGCCUGGUAGCUGCUAUUCGAAGCCAACAUCAACAUGAGUCAUUGCCACUAGCAUAUAAUGACAAGAUUGUGGCAUUUCUCCGCCAGCCAAACAUUUUUGAAAUGCUGCAAGAGCGUCAGCCAAGCCUGGCGAGAAACCACACACUCAGGGAGAAAAUCCAUUACAUUCGGACUGAGGGUAAUCAUGGGCUUGAAAAGUUGUCCUGUGAUGCAGAUCUAGUCAUUUUGCUGAGUCUCUUUGAAGAAGAGAUUAUGUCCUACGUCCCACUGCAGACUGCCUUUCAUCCCGGGUACAGCUUCUCUCCCCGCUGUUCACCCUGUUCCUCACCUCAGAACUCCCCAGGUUUACAGAGAGCCAGUGCAAGAGCCCCUUCACCCUACCGGAGAGACUUCGAGGCCAAGCUCCGCAAUUUCUACCGAAAACUGGAAGCCAAAGGAUUUGGUCAGGGUCCAGGGAAAAUUAAGCUCAUCAUUCGUCGGGACCACUUGUUAGAAGGAACCUUCAAUCAGGUGAUGGCUUAUUCCCGGAAGGAGCUUCAGCGAAACAAACUCUACGUUACCUUUGUUGGAGAGGAGGGUCUGGACUACAGUGGUCCUUCGCGAGAGUUCUUCUUCCUUUUGUCUCAGGAGCUCUUCAACCCUUACUACGGACUCUUUGAGUACUCUGCAAAUGAUACCUACACGGUGCAGAUCAGCCCCAUGUCGGCAUUUGUGGAAAACCAUCUUGAAUGGUUCAGGUUUAGUGGUCGGAUCCUAGGCCUGGCUUUGAUCCAUCAGUACCUUCUUGAUGCCUUCUUCACAAGGCCCUUCUAUAAGGCACUCCUGAGACUGCCCUGUGAUUUAAGUGAUCUGGAAUAUCUGGAUGAGGAAUUUCACCAGAGUUUGCAAUGGAUGAAGGACAACAACAUCACAGAUAUCCUAGACCUCACUUUCACUGUUAACGAAGAAGUUUUUGGACAGGUAACGGAAAGGGAGUUGAAAUCUGGAGGAGCCAACACGCAGGUGACGGAGAAGAACAAGAAGGAGUACAUCGAGAGGAUGGUGAAGUGGCGGGUGGAGCGCGGUGUGGUGCAGCAGACCGAGGCCCUGGUGCGGGGCUUCUAUGAGGUGGUAGACUCGAGGCUUGUCUCUGUGUUCGACGCCAGGGAGCUGGAGCUGGUGAUAGCGGGCACGGCGGAAAUCGACCUGAAUGACUGGCGGAAUAACACAGAGUACCGGGGAGGUUAUCAUGACGGGCAUCUUGUGAUCCGCUGGUUCUGGGCCGCCGUGGAGCGCUUCAAUAAUGAGCAGAGACUGAGAUUACUUCAGUUCGUCACGGGAACGUCAAGCGUGCCCUACGAAGGCUUCGCAGCCCUUCGAGGAAGCAAUGGGCUUCGGCGUUUCUGCAUAGAGAAGUGGGGGAAGAUUACGUCUCUCCCCAGGGCACACACAUGCUUCAACCGACUGGAUCUUCCACCUUAUCCCUCAUACUCCAUGUUAUAUGAAAAGCUGCUAACAGCAGUAGAAGAAACCAGCACCUUUGGACUUGAAUGAGGAAAUGGAAACUCACCUGACAUUUUCCUGGCAAUCACAUCACCCUUUCUGGGAUCAUCCCCUUGCCCUUUCCCUGAAUCAACUCUCCUUUGAUUUUGGUAUUCCAUGAUUUUUAUUUUCAAACCAAAUCAGGAUUGACAAAAGCUGUGCAUGAAGAACUGCCUUCUUCUGAGAUCCUACCUUCAGGCUUAUCUCCUCUACUCUCAAUGAACUGCUAGCCUGUAUGCAAUAUUAAACAACAGCUGUCUCAAGGUCUGUGUGUAUCUCCACAUACCUCCAUUACUAACAAUGAAAUACGAAUGCAAGUUACGCUACACUUGACCAAAUGGUAAUAAAAGUUUACUUCCAUUUAUAUAAUUUUAGGGAAAUUUGAGCAUUAAGCAUUCCGAGCUUUUUUAUGCCCAUGUCUUCUGAGCAGAGCCACCAUUUUUUAUAAUUUCUAACGAGCAACUCCAGGUCUAGGAGUCAAUCAACAUUUUCUUUUGCUCCCACUCUACUUUUCCCUGUGCACACUAUCCAUCCAGAAACAGCAGUGACAAAGCUGCAGUUUUUAUACAUUCAACUCAUGAUUCAUAUGUGGCAUCAGUCCCAUUAGCUGGAACGAGCCUAGGCAUAUGGUGCAAAUAUUACACUUUCCAACAAAAAACAAAAGCAAGAAAAACGCCUCCUGCUGAUGCAAUGUGGUGCAUCUCAAUGGUUGUGGGGAUUGUGGCUCAACCUGAGUUUAGAGAAGUCUAGGAGGGGUGCACCCCUCAUGAGCACUUACCACACAAGAAGCAGAAAACUUGUGCACACGAAGGAGAUCUCAUUAUGUAGCAUAAAGGACGAGGCUUCUCCCCACAUUGUGUUGUGUGGAAUGUGAUGGUGCAAAGAGGAGAGAGGGAAGAAGGCCAUGUUAGGUUGGUUUGAAUACCUGAGUUCUGUACUGUUUUGUUCUGUUUUGCUUUGUUCGGUCUAGCUACAGUUCUCCUUCACAAAGGAAAAAAAUGUAUAGAUAAUCUCAUGACUUUGUUAAAGCCAGGUAAUUAUUGCUUGGCAAACAAACUUUGUUUUAACUUUGAUACUGUUUUUUUCAUGCUCUUUUCUUUUAUUUCUUUUCUUUAUGAUGGUGUUCAAAUUCCUUCACAUCUGAUUGUCCCAUGGGGACCACACUAAACAAGAAGCUGCAGAGAGUGAUGGUGCUUGUUCGGGGUCAAGGGCAAUAUAAUACUCCUUCUUCAUCCAUAGCAAUCCUCCUGGGGCAGACACCUAACACCCCCAGAGGCACAUUGAUUUGUCAGAAUAGAGAUCCAGUUUCUUUUAGCACUCAGUAAAGAGGUAUCUCAGAAAACAGUGUUUUCAAGAAAACAGUUGCAGGCUCCAAAGACAGCCUAACCUCUUGAUUCCAUUUGGAAUAAGUGCAAACAUAAUGGUGAAUCUCUAUUUUUCUAAACUUGUUAUCCAUGUUGUCUGAAAUAUGUCGUGAGUGAAAGUGUUUUUCUUCACUGGGAAAAGAAGAGCUAAAGGGGCCUCACUGUUGAAACAUCACAUCGUUUGUUUCCAAUAUACUAAACAAGGGAUAAAUGUGAGACAUUUAAGACAAAGUCAGUUUCACAGGAAGCCAUGCCUCCUGCUCCUUGUAUGGGUUUGUGUACAGGCAGCACAUUGUAUUUCCUGCCCUCCAAAAUGAAACUUCUUUUAGUAGGAAUUAUUUAUAAUGUCCAGCACACCUUGCUGCUGUGUAUUGUCAAUCAGGAAGUAAUACGUUCAGAAAUUUAGCUUCUAUUAUUGUCUAAAAGAGUAUUUGCCAAGGUAAGAUGGAAUGUGCAAGUUACAUAAUAUAAAUUUGAGGGAUCUGUAAAAUUCAGUACAUAUUUCAGUGUCUGAAAAGUUAUGAAUUCCAUUGAAGCUGUUAUUUAUAAAAUCAGAGCAUAAGAAUAAUACAAAUCAUUUCACCAUUUUAACUCUUUGAACAUCAUAUCUAGUGUAGGGAGCAUCUUUCAUUUUUAGAACUUGGUGUUAUACAUGUGUAAACACUCAUUAA